AUGAAGCGCGUUUUGCCCGUUAUCGUCAUUCUUGCUGUCUUGUCAUUGGCAGUGCAACCUGGCUGGGCCGUGACCUGUGGCCAGGUGGACGCUGCCCUGGCCCCAUGCAUCAGUUUUCUGACUGGACAUGCAGACAGCCCGCCACCGGGGUGCUGUGCUGGCGUGAAGACCGUCAAGGGUUUGGCCCAAACAACGGCUGAUAAACGGGCCUGUUGCAGCUGUGUUAAGACAGCCGCAAUUCGGAUUGAUGACCUCAAGGACUCGGCUGCCCAGAGUUUGCCGACUAGUUGUGGGGUCCAGCUGGAUAUUCCCGUGUCGCGUACCGUUGAUUGUGACAAGUGA